AUGUGCAUGGUCGCUGAGGCGUUGACAGUCAACAUGGUAUUUCGAAGUACUGCAUUGACAGUGGUGAACUUGUUGUUGGUUGCUGUGGCAAUUAUCAUUGUCGCGUAUCUGCAGUGGAUUGAUGGAUGGCCCGUACGAGAUCUCCUGCUGCCCAUGUGCGGUGUGCCCAUUGCCGUCGGCAACAUCAUGUUGGCAGCCUCGUUAUUCUCCAGGGUUCCGAAAGCACCAGCGGCCCCGUUUUAUGAGGAUGAUGAGACAAGCUCGGAGCGUGAGCACCGCCUGGCCCUAGAAGGCCAGCGCAACAAAUUCAUCUUGUUUGCGGUAGCACUGCUACUCGCGUCCUUCAUCCUGCCCGUUGUAGCUCUGGUGAUGACACUGGAAUUCCUGAGCCAACUGCAGACCGGCAUCGUGAAUUUGUGA